AUGGCAUCUACUUCUAACACCAGCUCGCUCUUACAGCGUCAAGAUUUUGCACCAUCUACGUCUACUUCUGCUGGAUCCUCAGCGCCUGCCUUUGUUCGAUACAAGCCUCCCACAACUAAACUUCCCUUCCAAAGCGAUAAGAGGUAUCAUGUUUUUCUGAGUUUCAGAGGAGAAGAUGUGAGAAAGACUCUGGUUGAUCAUCUCUUUCAAGCACUCUCUGCAGCGGGACUGAACGUCUUCUUAGACAGUGACAAAUUGGGAAAGGGAGAAAUGAUUUGGAAGAACUUGGAAAGAGCAAUUGAAGGCAGUGCCAUACGUAUUCCUAUAUUUUCCAAAGGCUACGUAGACUCGGCUUGGUGUCUCAAGGAAGCCGCUGCCAUGUUGAACUCUCCUGCUUUGAUUAUUCCUCUGUUUUAUCAUGUGGAGCCAAAUCGAUACCGAGGAGAAGAGAUUGAUGGGUGGAAACGUGCCCUUCGAGACAUCUGCAAACGUUCAGGAUGGUCCAUGGAUAUAACUGGAGGCUUUGAAGCUCGAUUGGUAAAGAUGGUGGUGAAUGACCUCAUCAUGACAUUGGACAGAGUGCCAUUAGAGGUUGCCAAGCAUCCAGUCAGAUUGGAUAGCGUCAAGAAUUCUCUCAUUCAGAAAUUAAAUCUCAAUUCAAUGAAUGAUGUGCUUAAAAUUGGAAUAUGGGGCAUCGGUGGUAUAGGCAAGACCACAGCUGCCAAGGCUGUGUACAAUCAAGUUUAUGGUGAUUUUGAAGCUGCUUCAUUUGUAAUUAAUGUUCGAGACACUGCUGCAGAGGCUGCAGGACCUACAAAAUUACAGAAAAAAGUCCUCAAAGAUUUAUCCAAAUAUGAUGAUGAAGUGGAUAGUGUUGAUGAGGGUAUAUUUUUAUUCAGAGAACGUUUGAGAAGAAAGCGUGUUCUGCUUAUCUUAGAUGAUGUGGAUGCUGUCAUACAAUUGAAUGCUUUGGUUGGGGAUUGGCUGGCCCCUGGCAGCAGAGUUAUAAUAACUUCGAGAGACAAACACAUUCUCAAUGUUGCUGGCAUGUCAUCCGACUGCAUUCACGAGAUGGUCGGAUUGGAUAUAAAUGAUGGUCUCCACUUAUUUAGUUGGAACGCUUUUCUCAGAGCAUCUCCAAAUCCCGACUACGAAGAUCUAUCAAAAAGAAUAGUUAAAGCUUGUAAAGGGCAUCCUCUUUCUUUAGAAGUGAUUGGAUCAUUCUUGUAUGAUAAGCAGGAUGACAUAGGUUGCUGGACAGAAGCUUUACACAAAAUUACUCUCAACCCAGAUAUUCAAGAAAGACUCAAAAUCAGUUAUAGUGCUCUUAGCGAUGAGGAAAAGGAAAUAUUUGUGGAUAUUGCUUGCUUUUUCAUUGGCGAGCAAAAAACUUGUCCCAUUGUUUUCUGGAAAUCAUUGUACAGGAUGGUAGACACCGCUCUAUCCAAUCUUUCAAUGAAGUUAUUGAUAAAGAUUGACAACAAAGGAAUUUUUGAGAUGCAUGAUCAUUUGCGAGAUAUGGGGCGGACAAUUGCAGAAAAAGAAAAAGAGGGCACCCGACUAUGGGAGGCUACCCAUUUAAAUACCAAAUCGAACGUCAACUUCUCUCGCCUUCGGCUCAAUGAAGGCAAUCCACAAAGGCUUAAAACGCUGUGUAAACUUGGCCUUCGUUAUCUUCAUUUGCGUAAUGUGCCCAUCGAAGGCAUGAAAGAACACGCUCUACCCGUGCUUCCUCCAAGCCUGAUAUGGUUACGGUUGGAACAUUGUCCCAUUGCCAUUGGGACGAAGGGGGCAAUAAAGAAGAUCUUUGAUGCAGUAAGGAAGCCAUGUCAUUCCAGAUUUGUGGGUAACCAUAGGGAAUUGAAGAUUAUGCAACUAAAAGAUAUCAACAGCCUUUUUAUCUCCUCUCUAUUUUCACUUCCUAAUAUAGAGCUGCUGCAGCACUUGAACAUGGAAAAAUGUAAAAGCUUAGAAAAUCUGCCUGAUUCUAUCGGCAACCUCUCAGGGCUAGUUCACUUGAAUUUGAGAGGGUGUACAAGAUUAAGUAACCUCCCUAAUACCAUUGGCAAUCUGUCAAAGCUGCAAUAUUUGAACUUGGAAUGGUGUUAUAGGUUAAGUAACUUACCUGAUACCAUUGGUAAUCUGUCACAGCUGCAACAAUUGGACUUGGAAGGAUGCGAUAAGUUAACUAACCUCCCUGAUACUAUUGGGCACCUGUCACAGCUGCAGCACUUCAAUUUGAGAGGGUGUUAUAGGUUAAAUAACCUCCCCAAUACUAUUGGCAAUCUAUCACAGUUGCAACACUUGGAUUUGAAAUGGUGCUAUACAUUGAACAACCUUCCUAAUACUAUUGGAAACCUUUCACGGCUACUACACUUAGACUUAAGAGGCUGUAGAAGCUUAAAUAACCUCCCUGAUACCAUUAACAACCUACCACAGCUGCAGUAUUUUUUAUGUUGA